AUGGCGUUCGAAAAAGAACUUGUGGGCGCCAUAGCGAAGCGGUUGGCUUCGGUGCUACCCAACAGAACGGGGUACUCUGUCGCCGAGGUCGAAUUCAAUCAACAGUUUCUCAUCACAAAACACCUUUUGCUCCAAAAUACAAAAGAUGAGAACUCCAAAGUCAUCUUUAUAGAAAACAUUUUUGAGAGGCUUUGCUACAUUCUCAACAGCAUUAACGAGGAAGCCGAUUACAGUCGUCUUCGAGACCGUGAUGGCAAGUCGUUGGCGUCGACGUUGAUUGUUCUUCGCACCCUUUCAGAAGUGAUCUUUUCCAACUGGGAAUUUGGAACCGCUUCCAUAAACCCCACACCUUACCUAACAGUUCUCGAUGAAAAACAGAUUACCAGAAACAAACUAUACUCACACUACGUCCCUCCUCCACCAUUAAAUCCUCAUUAUGUGGAGUACAUCCUCGAGACCUUAACCUGUCUCCUUUCCUCACGGCUCGUGAAAACGGUGUCAGCCCUCGUCCGAGGCUCCAGCGACAUUCGAGCUAGUGCCAUCUCCUCGUUGGCAGACCCAGAAGUUCCCGAACUACGUUUCACUGACAAUAAUUUCACCGACGAAGACAUCCAUGCCUGCAUUUGUCAUAUCGAUGCCUACAUCGAACUGGCCCUCAAAUACAUAGCAGCAUCCAACCCAGAGGACUAUUCGUUGUACAUUCGAAAAAAGUUGCUUCGGUUUGUCAAAAAUGGUGAACUCAUACCCAUCAACUCUCUUCAACGAUAUAGCCCUUUGCUCAAGUUUUUGUUCCAUAGAAAGGGCCCCGAUGUCACCUGGGCUUCCCUCGUCUACACAGCAUUACCAUACAUCAAGUCUAAUACUUGGAGACAAGUCUUCAUUGUAUUCUACGCUUCGAGUAUUCAAGACCAGAGUUUUUCGCGACCGGAAGACUACUUGGCGAUAGUUCAGCCGGGCUCGAGCUGGGAACCAGUGGCUAAAAACUUGUUCGAUUUUGUUUGCAGUGUGUUUGACGAGGUCUCAUAUUCCGGGGUUGCAGCUACGGCAAAGAGCUGGCUAUCCGUGCUAUGCUUGAGCGAUUUUAUAGAACUUGAGGCCACCUCGAGACUCAACAAAUUGAAGGUUUCCUUCAACAAGAGACUCAAGUUUUUAUCGGGAAUACUCAAGGAUAUUGGCAAUGCUUCCAAUAUUGAAAGUUUCCAGUCGGCCAUCAAUAUCUUCCAGUUGGGAGCGAGACUCAAAGAGUACCCAGACCACCCGAUAUACAAGUUCAGCUCAGUCAACUUGGAACUUGUUCAUGUAAACUUGCAGAAGUUUGCAGACAAAAUGAAAUCCGGUGAAGAGGCACGAGAAAUCCAGCUCGAUAUGUUGAUUGUGAGUUUCUUCAUCUCAGCAAUCUUAAUCGACCCGCUGAAAUACAUCGAGCUACUCGUGAAAAGAUACCAUGAAACCAACGAAAGCAUAAAAGAUGUUCGAAUUCUUGUCAAGGUGGUGAAGGGCUUAUCGGCGUAUGACACAACAGAAGAAAUAUUCAAUGGUCUCAUGAACCGUCUCGCUUCGCCUUUGAAAGGAAUGAUAUUCACAGCCACGGAAAUUCUUAAGCAGACCAAAUCUCUUAGUGAUUCAUCUUCCAAGUCAAGCGAUUUACUGUUCAAGCAAGCAACCACCAAACGUCAAGCGACUACUUCAGGCACCGAUAGUCCCGCAUUGCUGAUCCAUUCACUUUCGCGAUCGUUGGAGGAUUCAGUCAAGAACAGCUCUUCACCAUCGCUUCAUCCGGUAUUGUCUACUUUCUCAUCCGACAGCAAGACUUCCAGCAAACAAAAGUUGCUAGCCGUGACAGAAGAAGUGCUCGCUGAUCUAUACACUGUCUUUGCUUCGGCUCCCCAUUUGUACUUCAAGGAUAGCCAUCUCAAUUCUUUGUCCAAAGUUGAAGAUAUGGACGAGCUGUUCCUUGCUUAUAGUCGCAGGUUUGUGGACGAAUCUACCAGCCCUAUCAAGUUUGCGAUGGUGUUCAGAAGCGCACACAGCACAAAGAUGUUUGACGCAGCCUGUGCGCUUGCCAUGACCAUCUUUGAUUCCCAGAAUCGUAUCAAUAGACCUCAAACUCCAGUCAACUCCUAUGUGAAUUAUUUGACGGUUUUUUCCAUUUUCCUGGGUGUUUGCGAUGCCUUGUUGUCGUUCAGCUUAACAGACGCCAGUUUCAAGCAAUGCUUCUUGUUCUUGGACCGUUUCUUGCGUGCUCGUACAACAUUGAGUGAAAUUAUUCCCACGAACACCUCCGUUUACGAACCAUCUGCGCAUCUUGUUUGCUCGGUUGCAGCUCAUGCAUUUGAAAACGUGAUUUUUCUUGCCCUUUGCGCUCACGACAUUCAGUACUAUAACAUUGCUAAAAGCCUUUUAGGCUGGUACAUUGGAGAGCGAGAAAAUGUCCAUCAUUACCCUGCUUGUCUCGCAGAAAGCUCCAUAUCAACCUUCAAGGAACUUGUUGACGAUGACUCAGUAUUCACGGGUUUCGUUUCGUUGCAUAAAAGAUUUCGAAAUAUCUUGAGAAAUGCUAAACCAACGCGAGCUUUGUUCUUGGCUUGGGUCAAUAUCUUUGAUCGUUGGAAGUCUAUGAUAGAGUCGAAAUCCAACACUAAUGAGGACAACGCCAUUUUCCGCCAUAUUACUGGAUUUCUAUCUUCAACGUGUGGGUGCUUUUACCAAGAAGAUUUCACCGUGGAAGAUAGCCAGUAUGGAAGUCCACAAGAGCUUGUAAAUGAGUUUAUCGACCGGUGCAUUAGUCUUUUGAGCUCGCAAGAUUUGGUGACGAGAGUUGUUAUAAAAGAUACCUUAUCCAAUGAAUCGCACUCCGCAAGCUACUUUCUCAUUUGCAAGAAGAUUAUGGAUCUUUGUUUGGAGUACGCCGAUACAAAAUACAUCAACGAAAAGAGUAUAAUGUUCAUGGAGCAAGCUGUGGUGAUCAUCACCUCUAUGGUCGGCAUCAAGAACGACGGUGCAUUUGUCGUCGUUGCAAUGUUACCUAAUAUUUGUGAGCUUAUGGUUGACUUUAUCAACCUCUGCGGGAACAUCAACGACAGAUUAAGGUUGAAGUUGAGAUUUUGCAAACUCUGUACUGCAAUAGAAGUCUCCAAUGACAGAAUUGGUAACAGAGGUGCUUUCAAGCUUCGUAACUUCUAUGCAAAAAAUUCUUGUGAUUGGUUGGAACAAGCUGUGUUUUUCGAUGAAACAAGAGAUACUGAGGUGAUCGGAAUGGAUUCGGAAACGGUUUACAUGAUGACUGAUCUUGCCGUUGAAUGCUCAAAGUGCUUAUCCUUGCAAUUAGAUAAACUCAUUCUUGAUGUUCCAGACGGGACAAAGGACGAAGACAUCAGCAAGCACAAAGAUUUAGCUUUUGCAACUUACUUUGCCUUAUUCUACAAGAUACUUCAAAAGUAUACCGGCACCGGCUCCCACAACUUCAAGUACAAAGUUCAACAGGUUAUUGAUAAUGUUCUCAAGUGCAUUUCCAACAUUUUGCAAUACGACACCGAUAUUGGAAUGCAAUUUGUCUUGCCUCUUGGCUUUCAUGAGAACACUAAAAUCAGAGCUAUCUUUCUUGAGGUUUUCUCUCACAUUUUGACCACACGCAAAAUACAAAACUCUAAAGAAGAGUUCCCAGAAGAAGUGAUUGAGCAGAUCGGUGAACUAUAUCCCUUGGCUGGCGCUAUUGCACAAGUGGCAUCCUCAACUGAACACAACAUGCUUGCGUCGUCUUUCUUUGGCGUAUUUGGAUACACGAAAAAAUUGGAUAAACUUUUCCAGGUGCUACUAGACGAGGAGAUAAAACAUGUAUCGCGAUCAUCGGAUAUCUUUCGAAGAAACAGCACUUUGACAAAGUUCCUCUUGAACUUCACCAAGGAAAAUGGCUUUGAAUACCUUGAAUCCACAUUGAAGCCAUUUCUUACUGAGAUAAUUGAGAACGAUGUCAGCUUUGAAAUCGAGCGAAAUGAGUACAACGACGAAGAUUGUGAGGUAUUUGUCACGUAUUUCACAAAAUUAGUCGACACCAUCGUCAAUUCGAUUGACAGAGCUCCCAAAUCAUUUUUCUUCAUAUGUUCUGCGAUCUACCAAUCUGUCAAAUCUCGCUUUGAAGAAUCUGCUCUCGUGGCAGUGGGGUCGUUUAUCUUUUUGCGGUUCUUCUGCCCGGCGAUUAUCAGUCCUGAAACAUUUUUCGAAAAUGGAAGUCAACAACCCUAA